AUGGAAAUGGAGUCAGGGAAUGGAGCUCUUAUUCCCAGUUCUUCAACAAUGGUCCCCUUCCAAGAACCUACCCAGCGUGUCCCUAGACCACGGAACAAGUUCAUGAUUCUCCGGCAGGAGAUAGGAAAAGCCUUCAAGGGACUGGGCUUAUCCCAGCAGGAUAUUUCCACGCUGACCUCGAGCAUGUGGGAUUUUGUGAAGAGGAAGGGAAUGGACAUGUAUUGGAGCCAAAAGGUGGAUCAGGAACAUGAGGAACAUCAACACUUAUAUCCCCAUUAUAAAUUUGCCCCUCAGAAGUCAUCAACAGGCAAGGGGAAGCAACUCAGGGGAAAGGGAAAGCAGAAACAACUUGACACUAUCAUCGAGGAAACGUCAAACGAGCCACCUAGCUACUACUCUUAUCCCUCACCGAUCUCAGUCCCACCUUCCAACCCCAACUCCGGCACCGUGACACCCGUUCCACAGGUCGGGACUUCUGGCAUGAACUAUCCAGCCCCGAUUGAUUUCUUCGUCAACUUAAAUCCCUCGGACUUCUCACUCUCUAGAUCAGCAGAUUAUGAUUGUCUGUUCGUGUCUAUGUCCUCUACUUCUACUUCCAACAUUGCUAGCGGUAGCCACACCUCAAGCUAUCUGUAA